AUGGAUCGUUUUCUGGUCCGCAAGCGUGCGGCGGACGCCACAGGCGGCAGUGCUCUCAAUGGCACCAAGGUCUUUGAGGAGCCAGCGAAGAAACUUUGUUCAACAACAUUAGAUGAUCCUCAGACUGUGAUCUCAUGGAACGUAAAUGGCUUGGUGGUCCAACUCCGCAAUAACUGGAGCUUGAUCAAGACAUUCUUGGAGAGUGAGCAGCCAGACGUGCUGUGCCUUCAAGAGGUCCGACUACCAGCUGCAGGACCCAAAGGUUGCAAACGUGCCGAUGGUCAGAAACGUCGUCGCGGGGAGGCCAAGUGCGACUCCGCACAAGAGAAGGCAGAUUGGGACGUCGUGCAGAAGACGUUGAUUUCUACCUUUGCCGGUGGAUAUACCUUUCACUGGUCCUUAGCAGAUUGGAAAUAUUCAGGUACCUUGAUGAUGAUCCGACGCGGCCUUGCGUUUUCGCGGAUGGAAUUCACGCGUCCCAGUCUCUUGCAGCACCAGGGGCACCGUGAUGUGGCGGAUGACACAUGCCAUCCGGAGGGCCGGGUGAUUUUCGUGAGUUUCAAGACUUUCGAUCUUCUUGCGACCUACUCCCCCAACAACGGCAACGAUGCGGCUGCCUUUGAACGUCGACGCGCUUGGGAUGCGGCCAUGAAGCAGGAGGUGGCCACGCGUACACGACCACUGAUCUGGAUCGGUGACCUGAAUGUGGCCGCUGAUCGAGUGGACGUAACACAUCCAGAAUGGUUUCUCCAGCAAUGCUACCAGGGUGAGCCCGAAGACAUGCGGGGUCAGCCAGGUUUCACCAAAGGUGAGCGUGUCCGGUUUCAAGAGAUCUUGUCCGAGGGGAAGCUGGUUGACUCCUUCAGGCACCUGCACCCAGUGGAGGAUGUGCCACCUGCGCUUGGUCCCUUCUUCACCUGGCGAGGGCAUCCUCCAGUGCACCAGGCCGUGGCGAGGUACCAUGGCAAAGGCAUGAGGAUUGACUAUGCCCUCGUGGCGCAGGAGCUUUUGCCGCGGCUGAGUGCCUGCGACAUUUUGGGCUCCGGCGCAGAUCGCAAUGGAUUUUUGGGCAGUGACCAUUGUCCUCUUCGGCUGAGCAUGGCGAAGCUCGAGGCUGAGAAGGAGGUGCUUUUGCCUGAUGGGGUGGCCGUGGAACCUGGGGUGUUUGGCUUGCGCAUUGUAGGGCUUGCGAGUCCGGCUCCAGGUGAAGGCCCUGAAGCCCUGGCGUUGUCCAGCUUCGCAGACAUCAGGUUAACGGCGAGUCAACAGCUGCUGCGUUCCCGCUCCAGUGUGGGGCUUCCCACGGUGGGUUGGAAAGAGAACUGGCGGAUGACUUCAGCAAAGAUAAGGGUACCAGGGUACCAUUCCCCCAUGAGACGUGCAGUGGCCUCCGUGUUGCUGAUUGCAUCGGCUGCUGGGCUAAAAAAAGGAGAGUCUGGAGCUGAGGACGUUUUGUUCAUCGGCAACAGCUAUACCUUCUAUUGGAACUUGCCUCAAAGUGUGAGUGCCAUGGCCGAAAGCCAGAACAUCAGCAUGCGCGCACGGCAGUCAACCGCCAGCAGCGCUAACCUUGCUGAGCACUGGAAAGCUGAGAGGCAGUUGCAGACCAUGGAACGCCUCAGGUCCCAGAACUUCAGCCGCGUGGUUCUUCAAGAUCACAGUCUGGGGGCCUUAGAAGCACCCAAGAGGAUGAUGCACUAUGGUCAGCUCUUUGCGUCAGAGAUCCAGAAGCGGGGUGCCAAAGUCUACCUCUUCAUGUGCCGGAGCAUGAAGGGCAUAGGCUUCCACCAACUGAGGACGUGGGCCAGAGCCUUCAAUCCAAGCAUGCAACAGACUGUUACUGCGCAGUAUCGAGCCCUGGCCGACCAGACAGGUGCGCGACUGGUUCCCGUUGGGUUGGCCUGGCAACUGGCUCGGGAAAGGAAACCUGGAUUUCCUCUCUAUGAGGCAGACCAAAGCCAUCCGUCACCGCUUGGCACCUAUUUGACUGCCUGCGUUUUUUAUGGAGUCUUCUUUGGCUCUGUUCUAGUGGGCAGCCUGCCUCAUCGCUUGACCAGCACUGACAUCUACGGCGAAAAAAUCUAUUUGAAUCUGCAAUCGGAGGAUGAUGCCCUCUUUUGCCAACAAGUGGCACAAGUCACCUUACAAGGACUACAACCCAUUUUGCCGGGACAUUCAAUUGUUGUACCACUGGACAAGGUCACCCGCCUUUGCGAGCUGCCGGAAGACGAGAUGCUUGAUCUCUGGCGAGCAACUUGCCAAACGGAGCAGGAACUGAGAAAGCAGCUGGGCAGUACGGCGAGCAACUGGGCAGUCUUUGAUGGCUGGUUUGCAGGGCAACCUGUGCCCCACGCCCAUGUGCACGUGGUACCUCGAAAGGCAAAGGAUUUGGAGAAGAACGACCAGGUCUAUGUUGCCCUGGAGCAGUGGACCCCUUCUCCCAGAGGGAUCUCGGAAACACCUCCGGCCAUUGAGUGGCCUGAAGACGAAGUCAGGAAGAAGCGCACCAGUGAUGAGAUGGCAGCAGAAGCGCAGGGCUAUCGCAUGGCCAUGCCAGGACUUGGCAGCUUUCCAGAGGAACAGGCCUUUGCUUCGCAUCGCAUACCAGGGUCGCACCUGUUCUACGCAUCAAAAAGCGGUCUAAGCGUGGCCUUGGUGAACCUGAAACCCCUGGUGCCUGGACACGUCUUGGUGGUGCCACGACGCAGCGUGCCUCGGAUGGAGGAUCUCUCCGAAGAGGAGUUUGACGACUUGUUCCGUUCAGUUCGGCUCGUACAAGCUGCUCUCGAGCAAGUUCAUGGUGCGGAGGCAUCCCGGCUUGGCAUCCAGGAUGGGGUGGAUGCAGGACAAAGUGUUCCUCACGUCCACGUGCACAUUCUGCCGAUCCCUUCGCGAAAAGGAGCGCUUUGA